AUGAAGGUCCUUGGGGGUCUCCUUCUGCUCCUCACAGCAAGCUAUCUCUGCAACAGCUCGGAAGUGACCACAGUCACCAGUCACCCUUCAGCGAUGUUGGACUGCAGCAUAUACAAGAAGUAUCCAGUGGUAGCCAUCCCCUGCCCCAUUGAAAACAUGCCAGUUUGUGGUUCGGACUAUAUCACCUACGGGAAUAAAUGCAAGCUGUGUACAGAGAUCUUGAGGAGUAAUGGAAAAAUUCAGUUUCUUCGUGAAGGACACUGCUAA